AUGCUGAGGAGGGGAAACACUAAGGGGUCUGGAGUCAGCUUGGCCAGGGCAUGCUGCUUGGUUCUGCUGUGGGGUGCCCUGUUCUCGGGCUACGCCAGCGCAUGCCCUGCCCUCUGCACCUGCAGUGGCACCACGGUGGACUGCCACGGACUGGGGCUCAAAACCAUGCCCAGGAAUAUCCCCAGGAACACGGAACGACUGGAACUGAAUGGAAAUAAUUUCACACGCAUCAACAAGAAUGACUUCGCUGGACUGAAGUUCCUCAGAGUUCUGCAGCUAAUGGAAAACCAGAUUGGAACCAUCGAGCGUGGAGCCUUCGACGACAUGAGAGAGCUGGAGAGGCUACGCCUGAACAGGAACCAGUUACAUCAGCUCCCAGAGCUUCUGUUCCAGAAGAAUGCCGCUUUAUCUCGUCUGGACCUGAGUGAGAACUUCAUCCAAGCUAUUCCCAGGAAAGCCUUUCGUGGAGCUACAGACAUCAAGAACCUUCAGCUGGACAAGAACCACAUCAGCUGCAUUGAGGAUGGCGCGUUCCGCGCUCUGCGAGGACUGGAGGUCCUAACGCUGAACAACAACAACAUCAGUAGCAUUCCAGUGUCAAGUUUCAACCACAUGCCAAAGCUACGGACUUUCCGUUUGCACUCCAAUAACCUCCAGUGUGACUGCCACCUUUCUUGGCUGUCCCAGUGGCUGCGUCAGCGACCCACCCUCGGCCUGUUCACCCAGUGCACGAGUCCGCCCCAGCUCCGCGGUCUCAAUGUGGCUGAGAUCCAGAAACACGAGUUCACCUGCUCAGGUCAUGUGGAGAGCACUCCUCAGUCGUGCAGUCUUGUAGCAGGCUCCUGCCCGGCCAUGUGUACGUGCAGCAGUAACAUUGUGGACUGCCGCGGCAAAGGUCUGACCGCCAUCCCUGCCAACCUGCCGGAUAACAUGGCAGAAAUACGACUAGAACAGAACGGGAUCAAGUCCGUCCCUCCGGGCGCCUUCUCUCCCUAUAAGAAGCUUCGCAGAAUAGAUCUCAGCAACAACCAGAUCUCUGAGAUUGCCCCAGACGCCUUCCAGGGCCUGCGCUCCCUCAACUCACUAGUCCUGUAUGGGAAUAAGAUCACGGAAUUGCCUAAAGGAGUCUUUGAUGGCCUUUUCGCCCUACAGCUGCUGCUGUUGAACGCCAAUAAGAUCCAGUGUGUUCGUGCCAAUGCUUUCCAGGACUUGCAGAAUCUCUCUCUGUUGUCCCUCUAUGACAACAAGAUACAGACACUAGCCAAGGGCACCUUUUCAUCUCUGCGUGCUAUCCAGACCCUUCAUCUGGCACAGAAUCCCUUCAUCUGUGACUGUAAUCUCAAAUGGCUUGCCGACUACUUGCGUUCCAACCCCAUCGAAACCAGUGGUGCGCGAUGUGCCAGUCCCCGUCGCCUUGCCAACAAACGCAUUGGCCAAAUCAAGAGCAAGAAGUUCCGCUGCUCUGCCAAAGAGCAGUACUUCAUCCCAGGUACUGAGGACACCCGGUUUAAUAAUGAAUGUAACAAUGAUCCAGUCUGCCCACCCAAAUGCCGCUGUGAAUACAACGUCGUGGACUGUUCCAAUCUACGCCUCACCAAGAUCCCCGAUCACAUCCCAGCCUCCACCACCGAGCUCCGCCUCAACAAUAAUGAGAUUACCACUUUGGAGGCCACUGGAGUGUUCAAGACACUUACACAGCUGAAGAAAAUAAACCUCAGCAAUAAUAAGAUAUCAGAGAUUGAGGAUGGGGUGUUUGAGGGAGCCUCUUCAGUCAAUGAGCUGCAUCUGACAGCCAAUCAGCUGGACACUGUGCGCAGCGGCAUGUUCAGAGGCCUGGAGGGCCUAAGAAUGCUAAUGCUCCGGAACAACCGCAUCAGCUGCAUUCACAACAACAGUUUUACAGGUUUGCACAACGUGCGUCUGCUGUCGCUCUAUGACAACCAGCUCACCACCAUCACACCAGGAGCCUUUGACACAUUGCAGACCCUCUCCACUCUGAACCUGCUGGCCAACUCCUUCAACUGUGACUGCCGGCUGGCAUGGCUGGGAGAUUGGCUUCGGAGCCGGAAGAUUGUCACUGGGAAUCCGCGUUGCCAGCGGCCGGCCUUCCUGAAGGAGAUUCCUCUACAGGACGUGGCUUUGCCGGAUUUCCGCUGUGAAGAAGGCCAAGAGGAUGCCAGCUGUGUGCCACGCCCUCAGUGCCCGAGUGAGUGUACUUGCCUGGAAACUGUUGUCCGCUGUAGCAACAAGCACCUGCGCUCCCUGCCCAAGGGAAUCCCACGCAACGUCACCGAACUGUACCUGGAUGGUAACCAGUUCAGCAUGGUGCCAAAAGAGCUCUCUACAUUCAAGUACCUUCAGCUUGUGGACCUGAGCAACAACAAAAUCAACACUUUGACCAAUUCCUCUUUUGCCAACAUGAGCCAACUGACAACCCUGAUCCUGAGCUACAACUCCCUGCGCUGCAUCCCCAGCCUGGCGUUUGGAGGACUGCGUUCACUCCGUUUGCUGUCUCUGCAUGGUAACGACAUCUCAGAGCUGCCUGACGGGAUCUUCAGUGAUGUGGUGUCUCUGUCACACCUUGCCAUUGGGGCAAAUCCUCUGUACUGUGACUGUCGUCUGCGCUGGCUCUCUGACUGGGUUAAGACCGGUUAUAAAGAGCCUGGCAUCGCCCGCUGUGCUGGCCCGCUGGGCAUGGAGGGCAAACUGUUACUCACCACACCAGCCAAAAAGUUCGAAUGCCAAGGUGACGUAGACCCUACUGUCCUGGCCAAAUGUAACCCGUGCCUGUCCAGUCCCUGUCUGAACCAGGGCAGCUGCCGGACAGACCCGACAGAGAUGUAUAAGUGCAGUUGUGCUGAGGGAUUCAAGGGCAAGAAUUGUGAAACUGCACUCAAUGUCUGUGUCAGUAACCCUUGCGCUAACGGGGGAACCUGCCAAGUCAGUGAGGAGGAUGAUGACGCCUUCAGCUGCUCCUGUCCGCUCGGCUUUGAGGGGUCAACCUGUGAGGUCAACAUCAAUGACUGUGAGGACCAUGACUGUGAGAAUGGCGCCACCUGUGUAGAUGGAGUGAAUAACUACACCUGUCAAUGUGCUCCUUACUACACCGGAGAACUGUGUGAAGAAAUGGAGGAUGUUUGUGCUCCCGGGCGAAACCCCUGCCAGCACCAGUCCACAUGUCUGAUCACCUCCACUGGUCCCAAAUGUGUGUGUGCGCCUGGUUAUGUGGGAGACGACUGCAGCAUAGAUUAUGAUGACUGUAAGGAUCAUAAAUGCCAGAAUGACGCUGAGUGUGUGGACGAGGUGAACAGCUACUCCUGCACCUGCACAAAUGGCUACAGUGGGCAGUUGUGUGAGGUCCCUCCAGCGCCCCACUCUCUCUGUGACCUGGCGGACUGUCAGAAUGAUGCCCCGUGUGUGGAGAGAGGCGGUCGGGCACUGUGCCAGUGUCUGCCCGGCUUUGGCGGGCCGCGCUGCGAAAAACUAGUUAGCGUAAAUUUUGUGGACAGAGACUCGUACCUGCUUUUAAGUGACCUGAAGAAUUGGCCUCAAGCCAAUAUCACACUCCAGGUGUCCACUGCUGAAGACAAUGGCAUUCUUCUGUACAACGGAGACAAUGACCACAUUGCUGUAGAACUCUACCAAGGUCAUGUCAAGGUCAGCUAUGACCCUGGCAGCCAACCUGGGCAUGCCAUCUACAGUACUGAGACCAUUAACGAUGGUCAGUUUCACACUGUGGAGCUGGUGACAUUCGAUCAGAUGGUGAACCUGUCCAUCGACGGUGGCCUCCCGACCACCAUGGACAGUUUUGGGAUCGCGCGGCCCCUGAACGGAGAGGCUCCGCUUUACGUGGGGGGUAGGGGCCCACCGCAGAUACCUACCUCCACCGCAGGCAUGCCUGUGGAUGCCCAUUCAGCGGCAUUCCGUCUUUGGCAGAUGCAAAACGGCUCCAGUUUCCACGGCUGUAUCCAGAACCUCUAUAUCAAUAACGAACUUCAGGACUUCACCAAGACUCAGAUGAAACCGGGUGUGGUGCCAGGAUGUGAGCCAUGCCGAAAGAUAUACUGUCUGCAUGGAAUCUGUCAGCCCGACGCUGCCACGGGCCCCAUUUGUCACUGCCAACCUGGCUGGAGUGGCACACACUGUGACCAGCUGUCUACCAACCCCUGCCAAGGCAGCAAAUGUGCUCAUGGGAAAUGCAUUCCACUGGAUAUGCAGUCCUACCGCUGCGAAUGUCAAGAGGGCUACCGUGGUGCAUUGUGCAACCAGCAGGGGGAGCUAUUCAACCCCUGCAAAAGGCUUCAGUGUAAGCAUGGCCGCUGUCAGAUCUCUGACACUGGUGAUGCUUAUUGUCACUGUAACAGUGGCUACAGCGGCGAGCUGUGUGACACAGAAUCGGAGUGCCGAGGGGAGCCAGUGAGAGACUUCUACCAGGUGCAGCGCGGCUACGCCAUCUGCCAGACUACACGCAUGGUAUCAUGGGUAGAGUGUAGCGGUGCGUGCGACACGGGCGCCUGCUGUGCCAGCCAGAGGAUGAAGCGCAGGAAAUACACGUUUGAGUGCAGCGACGGCACAUCCUUCAGUGAAGAGGUGGAGAAAACCAUCAAGUGCGGCUGCAUGGGGUGCAUGUAG